UUCCCGAAAGGCACUUUUACUUGCAAUAGCAAUAUGAAGGCAGUUUUUGUCUUUGGACUUACAAUUUUGGUCGCUUCAGUGUGCUCCAUUCCCGUCGACGAUCGCGUCAAUGGUGAGAAUGGCUGGUACAUACCCAAAGAAGAUGGUUCCUUCGAGUGGAUAGAUAUGGAUGAUGCUGAAGACCUGCUGGAAAAGGGCGAACAGAUAGAAGGACGCCUCAGCCUGAACGCUGUAAACUUUUAUCUGUACACAAAAUCCAACCCCACAAGUGGCGUGGAACUGCAAUCCAAAGGCUCUUCUGUGGCUAACUCACACUUCAAUAAGGACCAUCCCACUCGCAUCGUUAUUCACGGCUGGACUCAGAACUACAAGGACGACAUGAACACCGAAAUUACCAAGGCCUGGCUAUCCAGAGGCGAUUAUAAUGUCAUUAUUGUCGACUGGGCGCGUGCUCGUUCUGUGGAUUACGCUUCUUCUGUCAUGGCUGUGUCUGGUGCAGGCGCUAAAGUUGGAGAAAUGAUCAAUUACCUGCGCGAUAGUCAUGAAUUGUCCUUGGAUACCCUUUAUGUGAUUGGUCACAGCUUGGGUGCUCAAGUUGCUGGUUACGCUGGCAAGACUGUUGGCCAAGGCAAGAUUCAUACAAUCAUUGGUCUGGACCCCGCUCUUCCCCUCUUCAACUACAACAAGCCCAACAAGCGUCUCUCUGCUGAUGAUGCUUUUUAUGUGGAGUCCAUUCAAACCAACGGUGGCAAGCUAGGUUUCCUUAAGCCCAUUGGCAAGGGUGCCUUCUACCCCAAUGGUGGUGAGAAACAGCCUGGAUGCGGACUGGACCUCACCGGCGCCUGCUCCCAUAAGCGUUCUGUUACAUAUUAUGUGGAGGCUGUCACCCAGGAUAACUUCGGAACCGUCAAGUGCAGUGACUACGAAAAUGCCGUGGCCAAGAAUUGCGGCAGCACCUACAGCAGUACUCGCAUGGGAGCUGAUACCAAUGCUUACAUGGUCGAGGGUGAUUUCUAUGUUCCUGUUAACAGCCAGGAACCAUACGGCAAUAUUAACUAAUUCUUUGUUAUAUGCAAUUUGUUUCUUACGCAUAUUAUAAAUUUACUGUGCAAUAUAAAU